AUGGAGUCUUCGACGUCAACCCAUACGCGAGAUCUCACCAGGCUGAGUUACGAUGAGGAGUCAUACCAACCGUCCCCGCCAUCCUUCCGAUUCCAAGCAUGGAACAUUUGCAAGGAAUUCGGAUGGGAGUCGCUCCAAGAGAAUCGCCAGAUGGCUAGAUUCAUCGAGCAACAUAUCUCGGUCAGGUUCAAGGCCUUUUUCACAGUCUCGCCAGUAAUGCCAAUCAACACGUCUCCGGCGCUCGCCAUUCCACGGUCUAUACGUAUUACAUUGACUCACGCCACUGGACAUGACUGGGAGAAGGAUGUUCAGACCCUUGCCAAAGUUGAGCUGCCAAAAAUAGUAAAAAAGUAUUUUCGAGCAAAGCUCAACAUCAAGCUGGACUUUUAUAAUGCGUAUGCAGAAGGCGAGGACUUUGAAAACGUGCAGCUGGGGAGGGCGCUGGCAUCGCGCUCGCUGCAGCAGAGACUUCGCGGUUUUCUUCAAAGAGUGAAGCAGAAGGCUUCUGAUGACAUCCCCCCUGCCUUGCAAGAUGGAAAGCAAGGAACACGAAGAGUGAUUCUUCGAACAGAUGGAUCUCGCUAUGACCCCGAGCGGGUGAAUUCAAAGAGAUUAUCAUUUUCUAGCUUUGCGUCUUCAUCCUUGUCAUUCCGAAAGAAGGAGAAACACGGAAAUGAGUCCAACGUCGGGUCACCCCGGUCCAUUGAAAAGAUGCCUAUCCCUCCAUCGACCCCAAUUCCUCCAUUGACCCCAACGCCUCGAUUCGAUUUGACAAAAGAGGCCGACGACGGAUCUACAUUUAUCGAAAACCGGCCUCGAACUGCUGAAACCCUUCAACGGCCAGUGAAGACCCCUACUUGUACGAACACAGGCCAGACCAUCCAAUAUGCAGUGAAAGAUGGGGUUUCGAAUCUUGUCAGGGCGCUUGCCUCGGGGUCGUUCAUGGCAAGCGUCAUGCUUCCUGCCUCACCAUGUGCUCUCCUCUUUUAUCAGCUUCCCGACAAUAUUAUCCAGCUCACCAUGCUAUCCAGGGCAAGGGACGAGGAUGGCAAAAUGUCAGUGUCAAUGUUUGGCAGCUCUCCCAUUGCCAGAGCUACCAGACGAACACCACUUCAAGCGCACAUGAAGAACGGAAAUUUAUCAUUAUUCUUUCAGAAGACGGCCUCGAGGAACGGGCAGCCCCCGGUUCUCGCCCAGUGCAAGCUGAUUCCAAAGGGAAGUGAACAAAUAUCAUGGGAUGUAAACAAUCUUGAGUUUCCCGACGCUGUGAAAUUGCACCCACGCGCGGAAUACUUCCCAAGCAACAUUCUUCUCCUAGAAUCUGAGGUGCGACCCGGUGACCUCAUCGCGGCUCGCGCAGACAAAGACAAUGGAGGCUGGCUCAUGACACGCCCACCGGAGUCCAUGCCAGCCAAUCCUGAGGCCCAUUAUUUUACCACCACAUGUUUUCAGCCAGACUCUUUCCGUAUUCGCAGUCUAGCAAAGAACGGCAUUGUUCAGUGCCAGGUGGAAGGACUCCGUACCUGGGGAGCGCUCAAUCGAGCUGACAUGAGUCCGGGGUCACAUGAGAUGCAGAGAAAAGACCUCGAAUGGCAUGGGAAGCCACCUAGCUCAAUGCCUGUAUCGUGUCGCCUUGUCGAGGGACAUGGGACUGCAGGUAUUAUUGCCGUGCUUUCCCGCUCGGCCGAUGAUGGCAUCUACCUUUUCCGGGGUCAUCCUUGGUGGGAUGAGCUGCAGGCCCCUGAUUUGGUCUGCAGAGUGAAGAGGGGCUCACAUUUUAUAUACCUCAAGGAUUGGAGAAAAAUUGUCUUCUUGUCUCCCCAGAAUCAACUUUCUUGGGUCCCCCUUGAAGUUGAAGGCGACAACACCAUCCUUGUUGGGAGCACCGCCUCGAUCACCAACGGCGAUCCUCUGGCAAUGUUGUUGAAUGUGGGCUUACAUCCAGCUUGA